ACAGAGCCGUGGACAUGUCAGCAGCUCUGAAACGAUUAAUGUCAGCCAUCUGACCGGCAGCUGGUUCAGUCUGCCGCACAGAGCCCCUCUGUUUGGGUUUCCAGGAGUUGCGUUUUGAGGACGGACUGGGCGAUAGAGCUGCUGUUUCUUUUUCCAGCAGGAUUCGACAGUCAGCGCUCGUCCUCUCCAGCCUUCCUCUUCUUCUGCGUCUCGCUGACAUUCUCUCAGCGCUUCGUUCUAAUUUUAGAAACAUGGAACCUCGGGGAGCUCUCUCCCCAAGCUAUUUACGUCCUUGCUUCUCUUCCUACUCCUUCUCCGUCGCUCCCUCUUGUUGACCAGGAGGAGAACAGCAAGAGGAUCUUUUGAUGUCCCAAAGGCAAGGGGGGGUGGGGGGUGUUUUUGUUUUUGGGUGCUGCAGCUUUUCAGCAGCGGCUCACCGACUAACUCCCUCACAGUUGUGAUUUUGCUUUUUGCGUCUGCUUGGGAACGACCCUGCAUCAUCCUCACUGCACCAAAAGAAACUUUCUCGUCUGGAACGGCGAGUCACAGCCUCUGUUACUAUUUCAGGAGCCAGUAGAGUUCAUGCUCCAGGACUCAGGGUGAGCCACACAAGCCUGUAUUUCCUCAUUUACUUUGACUCAAUCCCUCAAUCUCAUCACAGAGAGGACUUCCUGGAACUGGCAGCUACAAUGACGAAGAGGUGAUGGUGGCUGGUCAACACACCUCAGACUGAACGGACAAUAAAAGCACACUCGUGGAGUUUGUUUGGGGCUUUUUUUGUAGGUUUUACCGUUUUAGUUUCUGUUUGAAGCACAGACACUUUAGUCAGCUCCGUGUUUUCAGUCCUUCCUGAGACAUCUGACAUCUGUSAAGAGGAGCCGAGUCAGUUAUUAUUUUCCUUUUUUUUCUUGACAAACUUUAAGCAGCAGCUUUUGUCUUGGCAUGCUGUUACAUCCCACAGUGUCAGGAUUGUGCGCCAUGUUGCAGACCAUCUAUGAGACCGAGUCGUGUUUCUCCUCUGCCAGCACAGACGGCCGUCACCAGCCACUGGAGCUCCUGAGCAGGGGCUCUGGUGCUGCCAUGCCCACCGCUGUAGUGGAGGUGAAGAGCAGCCUCACACCAGGUAUGCAGAGCCCAACAGGAACAGCAAGCGAGCCGAGAGAAGGAGGAGGAGACGGCAGUGGUGGUUCUGUAGAAGGUCCGGGUGGAGGUGGAGGCCCGGUGGACCUGAGAACCGAGCCCAGGGUUGUGGGGUCUCUGUCCGGCAGUGCGGGGGUGGACACAGCCCUCAGAGAGCAGCAGCUUCAGCAGGAACUGGUGCUCCUCAAACAGCAGCAGGAGCUCCAGAAACAGCUGCUGUUCGCCGAGUUUCAGAAGAAACACGAAGUGCUGACGAGACAACACGAGGUCCAGCUGCAGGAACAUUUAAAGCAACAACAGGAGCUGCUGGCAGCAAAGAGGCAGCAGGAGUUGGAGCAGAAGAGGAAGCUGGAGCAACAACGGCAUGAAGAGCAGGAGAAACAGAGGCUGGAGCAACAACUGCUGCUGCUCAGGAACAAGGAGAAGGGCAAAGAGAGUGCCAUCGCCAGCACAGAGGUGAAGCUGAAGCUGCAGGAGUUUCUUCUCAGUAAAAAAGAACCUGGACCUGUUGGACUGAACCAUUCCUUCUCUCCAAAGUGCUGGGGGGCCCAGCACACCUCUCAGGAGCAGGGCUCUCCCCCACAGAGUAACACCCCCGGAACCCCGCCCUCCUAUAAACUGCCUCCCCUGCUAGGGAACUACGAGGGCAAAGAUGACUUUCCGCUCCGAAAGACAGUCUCAGAGCCCAACCUGAAAGUGCGCUCUCGGUUGAAGCAGAAGGUGGCAGAGAGGCGCAGCUCGCCGCUGCUCCGCAGGAAGGAUGGAACCGUCAUCAGCACCUUCAAGAAACGGGCCAUUGAGAUAUCAGUUUCCUCCCUCUGUAACAGCGCUCCAGGAUCUGGUCCUAGCAGUCCCAACAGCUCCAACACAGCCAUCGCCAAUGGUAACACCGGUUCUGUCCCCAACAUACAGACUGAGUUGAGGUCUCUCCAUCAGACUCUGGGGACUGAAGGAACACUGAGUCCUCUGACUCUCUACACUUCUCCCUCCCUGCCCAACAUCUCUUUAGGCCUUCCUGCAAACACACACAUCACACCCCCUCAGAAGCUGACAACCCAGCAAGAAGCUGAGCGGCAAGCCAUCCAGUCCCUGCGAGGAGGCGGAGCUCUAACAGGAAAGUUCCUCUCCACGUCAUCCCUGCCAGCAGGUGCAUCACAUGAUGUGGAGACCCCGCCCCCAACCUCUCAUUCAGCCCAUUCCUCAUUGUUACAACAUGUACUACUGCUGGAGCAGGCCAGACAACAGACUGCUAUGCUAGGGCCCAUGUACAGUCAGUCACCACUGGUCACCGCAGAAAGAGGUGUCAGUACCGGCAUGCGGCCUGUCAACAAGCUGCCUCGCCACCGACCACUGGCCCGCACACAGAGCUCACCUUUACCCCAGUCCCCUCAGGCCCUGCAGCAGCUGGUGGUCCAGCAGCAGCACCAGCACUUCCUGGAGAAACACUACAAAAUGCUGUCAAAGGGGACAGACCUCCCCAGACCCCCACCCACCCACCCAGAAGAGAUAGAGGAGGAGCUAACAGAGGCCAGUGACAUGCAGGAGGACGAGGAGCCGGAUCGCAACAGACUUCAGAAGGAGGGAUCUGACGACAGCACGCAUUCAUCCGAGCAGCUUGGCGUGCACGUGAAGGAGGAGGAGGAGCACAGGAGAAUGCACAUCAAAGGAGAGAGCACAGAGAGCGAGCUGGACGAGGACGACGAGGACGAUGACGUCAUCCAGCUGAGGGAGAGUGAGGAGGAAGAGAGGGGGAGCUAUGUUCAGUCCCUGCAGCAGCUGGGUGUGUUCCAGUCCUCGCUGACCCACAGACCUCUUGGAAGAGCGAAGUCCUUGCCUGCAGCCGGCGUCAAUCCCAUCAAACACCUCUUCACUACCGGGCUCGUUUACGACAGUCUGAUGCUGAAACAUCAGUGUGUGUGUGGAAAUGCUCACAUCCACCCUGAGCAUGCCGGGAGAGUCCAAAGCAUCUGGUCCAGACUGCAGGAGACGGGCCUUCUGAGCCGCUGCGAGAGGAUUCGUGGGAGGAAGGCGUCCCUGGAUGAGAUCCAGUCRGUCCAUUCAGAGUUUCACACUCUGUUAUACGGAACCAGCCCGCUCAAUCGGCACAAACUGGACCACAAGAAGCUUCUGGGUCCCAUCAGCCAGAAGAUGUACGCUGUCCUUCCCUGUGGAGGCAUUGGGGUGGACAGCGACACCGUAUGGAACGAGAUGCACUCAUCGGCCGCAGUCCGCAUGGCGGUGGGCUCAGUCAUCGAGCUGGCCUUCAAAGUGGCUGCAGGGGAACUGAAGAAUGGAUUUGCAGUGGUGCGUCCACCCGGUCACCAUGCUGAGGAAUCCACAGCUAUGGGCUUUUGUUUCUUCAACUCAGUAGCCAUCACUGCAAAGCUGCUGCAGCAGAAACUUGGGGUUGGGAAGAUCCUCAUUGUGGACUGGGACAUUCAUCACGGCAAUGGGACCCAGCAGACCUUCUACAAUGAUCCCAGUGUCCUCUACAUCUCUCUCCAUCGCUACGAUGAUGGAAACUUCUUCCCYGGCAGUGGAGCUCCUGAAGAGGUGGGUUCUGGUGCWGGUGUUGGCUUCAAUGUGAACAUAGCGUGGACCGGGGGUGUUGAGCCUCCUAUGGGGGAUGUGGAGUACCUCUCUGCCUUCAGGAAUGUGGUCAUGCCUAUCGCCCAGCAGUUCAGUCCAGAUGUGGUCCUGGUCUCUGCAGGUUUUGAUGCAGUGGAGGGUCAUCAAUCUCCUCUCGGGGGCUACAAUGUCUCUGCCAAGUGUUUUGGCCAGCUGACUCAGCUCCUGAUGGCUCUGGCGGGUGGGCGGGUUGUGAUGGCGCUGGAGGGCGGCCAUGACCUCACCGCCAUCUGUGACGCUUCAGAGGCGUGCGUCUCUGCGCUGCUCGGAGACCUGAGCGACUCUGUGUUCCAGUGGCCCCAGGAGCAGCCGUGUCCUAAAGCCUGCGCCUCCCUGGAGACGGUGAUCGAGAUCCAGAGUAAACACUGGUCUUGUCUCCAGAGCUUGUCUCAGAACAGCAGYCUCUCUCUGGGGGCUCAGGGCCAGUCGGAGAAGGACGAGGCAGAAACGGUCAGCGCCAUGGCCUCGCUGAGUGUCGAUGUGGAUCAGCCGGGCUCUGUAGCUGAAAGCACAGAAACCAGCAGGUCCACUGAGGAGCCGAUGGAGGAGGAGCCUGUCUUGUAGGAGGAGCCUAAUCUAGAAUCACAUAGAGACACUUUCACCUCCUUCUAGCACUUUUUCCUCUUUCCCUGUCCCUCCACAGAGUGUGCACACACUCGCACACACACACAAAGUGGACGUGAGAUGUUGUGGAGGACUCGGAUCAGCUGAGAGCACCGAGGAGGCCGGUCCAGGUGAGUUUUGUAAGAAAAACGCGGACGCAUCCCUUUCCUUCUGGUUCUUCUACCUGAGGAGGUGCAGACGACUUGUUAGCUCCUUCAUGGAAACCAAACGUGCAGGAGAGUCGGCGAGGAAGCAUUUCCUGCAUAACACCUGUACACAGCACCACUGAACCAUGUGUCCCACCCGUUUGUGCUUCAUCCCUCCGCCUCUGUUUCCACUGGAAGUCCGACAGCAAGCUGACGUCUGGUCUUCUUGUGCGUCAGAGACGAGCCACUCGCCGGAGGAGGAACGGCUUUUACAACGAGGAGAAGAGGAGAAGAAACGAUAGGUGCCUUUUUCCUGUCCAACAAACACUUGUCAGAACCUCCAGGUCACUGCCGGAGCAGYUCAGCUGUUUGAGCUGCUCAGAGGAUUUUCUGUUUUCAUCUUGAUGCCUUAGUUCUCCUCCACAUGUACCAACCUGGAGAGAAAGGAACAGGCUUUCAUACGAGCUGAAAUUAACUCUGCUCACAUGAACUCGAGUUUUUAUUUGAAAUCUGACAAUAGUAUUCUCAAGAGACUGGUUUAUUUUCUGGGGGCAGAAGCUUCUGAGGUCACGCCCCCGGGCUGGAAGCCUGCUGUGGAAUCCUGUCAGACUCUGAGUCCUGAGGAUCAGGUCCCAGGAUCAGGCCAGCAUAAGUAUUCAUUCAUGUAAACACAGACCCUUCAGUCCACUCCUCUACUUGUUUUGGUUUAGAGCCAUGUGACCUGAGCCACGCCCCCUUCACAUUUAAUAAGGAUCAUCAGAUUGUGGCUCAUUUUCAAACGCCACAGUGUCUACUGUUUUUUGUUUUGUUGUUUCGGUCAUUAAUUGUAAUUCUUGCUGUUUGCUGUACAUACUGUCCAGUCGUCACAGAAACACGUGUGCUCUUUUUUUCUAUUUCUGUACAUACACACAUGUAUAAAAACACCAAAUACUUUUGUAUAAAAACAAAAAAUAAGAGCUAUAAACAGUGUUUUAUUAAAUCAAAUUAGAUUUAUAAAUAUAUUCUAUUUGAAGCUUUGAUGUUUUCAAGGUCUGACAGGAAGGAAGCACAUGGACCGAUGGGAUCAGCCAUCACCACACCCUGUGUGUGUGUGUGUGUGUGUGUGUGUGUGUGUGUGUGUGUGUGUGUGUGUGUGUGUGUGUGCGCGCGCGUGUGCCUGUGCUUGGUAAUAGGUGAUGAGGGUGACUGAAUGUUGUUUAACUGAACUCCAGUUCUUGACCAGCACUGCCCUCAUCAGGCCGACAGCUGUAACUACAGACAGGAAGUGUUAGAGGUCAGAGGUUAAAUCAUAAAAAGAUUAAUAUUAUGACUUUUGAUUUAUUUCUGUUAGAACAUCGUAGUCCUGAAUCUCAAGUCUAUGUCAGUCUGACAACUUCUUAGAGUCCUGGUCUGCUCACUGAGUGGAUUGUAAAAUAAAACUCAAAGUUUUAAAAAGACCAAAAUACUGCCUUUAAACUCUACAUACCUUUUUACACAGAUCCUCUUUGUUGCACAUUAUUUUUGUUUCUAACAUGCAUGAUUAGAAUCUAAACAAGAGGAAGUAAAUAACUAGUUGAAAGGAAAAAUGAUUACAAUAAAUAUCAGCUGUUCAGUAAAUUUUAGUUCCUGUAAAGUUACUGUUGUAUUUUAUUUAUUUAUUUUUAACCAAUCAUAGCUAAAUGCAGAUCUGAAUCAAGACUUUUGCAAAACUUCCUCGUCUGGCUCUAACUGAUCUCAAAAAUCUUUUACAUUUUUUUAUUUAUUUAUUUAUUUUACUUGUGAAAUUUUCUCAUUUCUGUCUGGUUCGUAGUCAGAGAUGCAGAAAACAUUUGAGCUGAAAGUAGUAGCAGGUARCAAAGCUGGAAGAAAUUAUUUUUACAGAAACGCUCAUCUUCAAGUAUCUGACGUCACGGGAGCCCCCAACGUCGGCCCCAAACAUGAGACCACCUCCUGCUCUCCUUUCAGUUUUUACUCCUGCAGCACAAACAGAAAACAGGAAAUACCUGAGCGAGCUGAAAUCUCAGCUGCUGCCUCAUGAUGCAGGACCGUUUCCAGUCUCUGUGAUCAGGUCCACAUAGUUGGGAUUUGUGAUGACUUAAAGUUGACUCAGAUCUGCUGGCUGCAGACAGCAGCUGCUCGCCAGGAUCAUGUUCAUACCUGAGCUUGUGUGACCAAACAUUUAGCAUUUUAGAAUUCUUUCAAAAUAAAGGCAGAAACGAACGUUAACAGGCUUUUAGGCAGGAUGUGAUUUGUAUCCUGAAGGUCCUGAACAUUAAUAUUUUAAAAUAAAAACUCAACUUUAACACUCGGCUCAUAUUUUACAUCCACUCAGUGAACGUAAAGUUUGUUAMUGACUCACCCAUCAUUAGAUCGUUUAUCACCUCAGGACUGGACUGUUGGACAUGGAAGCCUCUUUACAAUGGAUGAUGGCCCACURGUUUUGCAGGGUCUUAGUAAAGUCUUCAGGUGUGUAUUAAGAACUCAGAGGACUGAUGUGUGAUGGAGAAUAAAUCCAGAAUGGUUUUAAACGUGGCGGUGGCAGCAGUGUUGGUGUAACCACGAGGCCUGUUCACCCCUGUGAGUUCCAGCUGAGUGAGGAAAUAUUUACAUUUUCAGCUGCUGUCUCAGCAAAUUGUGUUGGCGAUGAGUUAGAGUUAGCCRUGUUUGAGCAUCGCAGCCUAUUGUCCUGUUCCAGCUAUCUACAAACUGACUGAUUUAUUGACCUGAUUUUAUUCAUUUAACUGGAGGCUUUUGGUACUAAACAUUAUUUAAUCAAACUCAAGAACAGCAGCUGGUACUGGACUGGCUGAGUGAAGGACUGAGAUCUGAAGUCAAACCAACUGUAGUCCAAUAAAAUCUCCCCAACAUUCAAUUGGAGUUUGAUCAGCAACUGUCAGUCAAAUAUUUCAUGGCUCACAUGGAUGGUUCCAAAACUUUGUAGAGUUUGUAAAGAUCAAAAUUACAAACAUCUGAGAUUUUAACUGUACUGCAUUUAUAAAAUAAGGAUUGGUAAUUUUUUUAUUUAAUUGGCUUUAACCAUCUAUGAUUCCCAGAGAGGUUCUGAUCAGUUUUAAAACCCUCUGGAACAGAAAGUUUGGACAGCUUUUAGGAUUAAUUUACUAAAACACAUCCCUAAAGUAAAGUGAUGACCCCUCCCAUCAUUUAAGGCACCCAUCCCUGGUGUAGACAAUAAUGUAAUAUUUUCAUCCACCUGGAAUGACCCCCAAAGUAGUAUUUGGACAGCCAUUUUGGAAAUCCAAGAUGGACGUCACCUAAAACAGAUUUCAGUGGUCACCUCUGGAUCCUCUAUAAUUUAAAAUGUGGGUUUAGACACCAAGAUCACGGCUCURUGUGGCAUGGAAACAAGGUUACAGGGUAAUAUGUAUUCUGGUGGCCAUUUUGAAAAUCCAAGAUGGCUGUCAUCUAAAACGGAUAUUGGCGGUCUCCACUGGAUCCUUUGGAUCCUUUAGAUUAGAAAACAUAGGUUUAGACACCAAGAUCAUAGUGUUGUGUCAACUAAAAACCAAGUUAAAGGCCAAAUGGGUAUUCUGRCAGCCAUUCUGAAAACUGUCCCAUAAAAUCCAGCAAUUGAGAGAAUGGAGCYAAUGGAAUUACUGUACAUGCUAAUGGUCCCCAAAGAACAUAUUUGACUUUUAUCAAAAAAAAUAAUUUGCUUCAGAAGCCAGUAGACUAGUCACUCUCAUAUGUUUYWACUAGCACCUCUACAGCAUGGGUUURUCAUAAAGUUGUGAGGUCCCAGAGUUCACAUGCCACAUGUCUUACCAGCUGGUGGUAAUUAUGCUCCAUUAAACUAUUUGCCACAUUAAACACAGUAGAAGAAGAYSCCGGAAAGAUAAAAACACAAUAGAGGACAUGUAGGGUUGUUAUUGCAAACAAUGGAUCUGGUUGUUGUGAGAGUAGYUUUUAUGACACAACCAGUGACUCCACCCCCAAAUCAAUCAGUAUCGACACGCGGUACACUUGGAACCACAGAUGUACAUUCUGAAAAAGGRUCUGGUUCUAYAAAUCCUUGCUACUGGAAAAGCCUUGAAACUGUGGAGAGCCAAGUCGAAGCGUGCUGUAGAGGAGCUGGUGGAAAAGGGCCAAUAAUGAACACUUCUACUGAGAUCUGUAACAAACUGUCCUGUGAGAGGUUCCUGCUUGGUUCUGAGUUCUGAAAGGUCGUGCUUUGAAGAUUCAAUUUGGUGUCACCUCCACUGCUGCUAAAACCUGAAUUCUGAAGGACAAAGACCGAGAACUGCUUCAUGCAGUGAGAACUUCUCACCAGUCCAGAAGUCACACAGAUUUGAUGUUUUCCUACAUGAGAUGAUUCAGUAAAUUUCUUGAUGUUUGAUACUGUGGUGUUAAAGUAGGGUCCUGCUAUGACGUGUGCGUGUGUGUGUGUGUCUGCGUGUGUGUGGGAGGGGGUUUGGAGUCUGUUUUACUUCCCUCAGUUUUCAGGGGGGACUCUCUCGGUUUGUUUCAUUCGGUUCAUGACUGAAGAGUUUUUAAAUCCAGUUUUUGUUGUUGAAACCGAUCAGCACAUUCCUGACUCUUCUGUUCGUGUCGGUGUUUUCUUCACACUCUUUCCCGCGGUGACGACUCAUGUCUGGUCCUCGCUGACUCACAUGUACAUAAAGUGUACACAUGUGCAAUACACACUACUCAAGCAAUCUUACUGUGACUAAUAUUGAAGAUAAGUGUCACUUUUUGGAAGUUUCAGCCUGUUUUUCUUCAUUUGUCCUGGUUUCCUGUUGAUGGAUUCUGUUGCGAGGUCUUAAAAAGGGAGGAUUUUUUUUGUGAAUCUUCACACUCAGUUUGAAUUCAGGGUUUGAAAUAAAUGAAGCCCUUUUUUCACUCAAUGUAAUGUUGUGAUGUUGAUCCUGCUUUUUUAAAGUGGGCUUGUCGUUUGAUUUGUCUGGAAACUGAAUAAAGCAAUUCACAGAUUC